AUGAAUAUUGAAUCCAUCAAUAAUCAAAUUCAUAUAGUGCACAAACAAGUCUACCAUGGUCAUCCAAUAGAUCCAAAUCAACUUAUAAUAUCGUCAUCAUCAUCAGCAGCACCAUCAAAUAAUGAAGAUCCAGUGGAAAUUUCAUACCCUACAACAGAAGUAGUGGGGCAUGGUUCCUUCGGUGUAGUAUUCACAACAACUUUGAAAGAAACUAAUGAAACUGUAGCCAUUAAAAAAGUACUUCAAGAUAGAAGAUUCAAAAAUAGAGAAUUAGAAAUAAUGAAACUUCUAAAACAUGAUAAUAUAAUCGAUUUAAAAUAUUAUUUCUACGAAAAAGAUAAUGAUCAAGAUGAUAUUUAUUUAAAUUUAAUCCUAGAUUACAUGCCACAAUCUUUAUAUCAAAGAUUACGUCAUUUUGUACAUCAACGUACUACAAUGCCAAGAUUAGAAAUCAAAUUUUACAUGUUUCAACUAUUUAAGGCUUUAAAUUAUAUGCAUAACUUCACUAACGUUUGUCACAGAGAUAUUAAACCUCAAAAUCUUCUGGUGGACCCACAAUCUUGGUGUCUUAAAAUUUGUGAUUUUGGUUCCGCUAAACAAUUGAAACCAACAGAACCAAAUGUUUCAUACAUUUGUUCAAGAUAUUAUAGGGCUCCUGAAUUGAUUUUUGGUGCUACUAAUUAUACAAAUCAAAUUGAUAUUUGGUCAAGUGGUUGUGUAAUGGCUGAAUUAUUAUUAGGUCAACCAAUGUUUCCCGGUGAAAGUGGUAUAGAUCAAUUGGUUGAAAUAAUUAAAAUAUUAGGAACUCCAACAAGACAAGAAAUUUGUUCAAUGAAUUCAAAUUAUAUGGAUCAUAAAUUCCCACAAAUAAAAGCAAUUCCAUUAAAUAAAGUCUUUAAAAAAGAAGAUAAUCUUACAAUAGAUUUUCUAAGUAAUACUUUGAAAUAUGACCCUAAUGAAAGAUUUUUACCCUUUCAAUGUUUAAUUCAUGAAUACUUCGAUGAACUGAGAGAAAUCCAUGAAGAUUACAAAGUUAAAGAUUUAAAUCUUUUCAAAUUCAAUGAAGAAGUUGAAUUCGGUCAUAUUAAACAUGAACAUCAAUUGCAAACACUCAAAACAAAACUGUUUUCAAGAGGAAUUAAUGUGAAUAAUUAUUAA